AAAAUUUUAAAUUUACUUAAAAGAAUUUAAAAAUUGCAUAUUUUUUAUUUAUAAAUGAAUACUGAUAUGAAAUAGAAAAUUUAAAGCCCAACAAGCAAGUUAACAAAUAAAUAGCAAGCCUAAGAAUUAGCAAAAUCAGAAUAAUAAAUUGGCUAAGUGACUUAAGCUUCUGAUAAGAUCUAAAAUUAGAAUAUCAACAUUACUAAUAAUUCAUAAUAAUUUAAUUCAAACCAUUUUGAUGGUUUUCCACAAUCUUUUCAGAUCGAAGAGGUUUCCUCUAUUUAAAAUGAUUAUAACAGCUAAAAUUUUAUGACCAACUAAGUAUCGCCAGACAAAUUAAAUAAGAUUUUGAAAUAAAAUGAAGCUCCUAAUAAAAAUAUCUUGUCUCCUCGUUUGAAAACUUAAGAAGGUAAAGAAUCUAGUAGGCUUAAUACUCAAAAUAGUCAAAAGGAAGCAAAAAAUUCAUAACCAGCAAUAGGAAGUCAAGCUUCAACUAUAGAAAAUAAGCUUAAAAAAAGUUUAGAAUUAGUUUAAAAAGAAAAAUUAUAGCUUCAAGAAAAUUUAAUAUAAGCAAACGAUCAGUAAACUACAUAUAAAAUAGAGAUAUUUAACUUGAAAAAAUAAAUCAAUAAAUUAGAGUAGCAAGUUAAAGGACUAAAUGUUGUAAUUUCAUAACUUAACGAUACAAUUAAAGAGAAAGAGGAUUCAUUUAAAAAAUAAAAUACAUACGUUAAAUAGCUUGAAAAUUAAAUAUUAAAAGGAUCAAACUCAAAAAAUAGUAUUGAUAUUCACAAGAAAAAUGAAGAAAAAAUAGAAUAACUUAAAAAAAAAAAUGAUGAACUUAUGAAAGAAUUACUGCAAUUUAAAAAUUAAGAUAUUAUCAAUAGUAAAGAGAUAGAAUUUCUAAAAACAAGCUUGGAAUAGUAGCAAUAACAAUCACAAUAAACUGAGUAAGCAGAAGAAUCAAAUGUUAAACAAGAUUUUAUGGAAGAGUUAAUUGAAUUAAAGCAAGAACUAAAAAGAAUGAAAUCUGAUAAAGAAAAGUUUAUGCUUGAAUUAGAGGACUGUGAAGCAAUAAAUUAAAGUUUAUAUAAAGCAAAUGAAGCACUUUAAAUUUAAUUGCAAAAUUUAAAAAUGGAAGCUGAAUAAUACUAGGAAGCUCUUGAUAAAGUUUAAUAAGAUAAUAAAAUUUUGAUGUCAGAAAAAGAUUAGUUUUUGUAAAGACAUGAGGGGCUAAUGGAUGAAAAUUAGUAAAUAAAAAAGUUAAUUGAAACUAAUUCAUAGUAAAAAGAAGAGGAUUUGUAAAGAAUAAGAGAAUUAAAUAAAUAUAUAGAUGAAAUAAAUGAGUAAUUUCAAAAUAGAUAGGAGUAAUGGCUUUUAGAGUAAUAAAAUUAUGAAAAUUAAAUCAUUUCGUACACCAAAUAUUAGGAAGAAAAAGAUGACCAAUUAAAUUAAUUGAGAAAUUUAAUUGAAAGGAUGUAAAAAGAAUUCUAGGAUAAAUAUUAGGAGGUUUCUCUUAAAUAUGUAAAGAUGUAAAAAAUAAAUACAAAGUUGUUUGAAAUGUUAGAUAUGUGUGAAGGACUUUUGGAUGAAAAUUUCGAGAAAGCCCUAGAAGAAACAUUGGGUUCGAUGCAAUCUAAAAAACAAAUGAAAAAAGAUAUAACAUAAAUAGUUGAAUCAUGUGCAAAAAAUUUGGCUCAUAAUAACAAUAAUUAAUCUAAUAAAUGA